GGGCGGAUACGCGGCUUUAGUGGACCGACACGCGGCCUUCUGAGCCUUCCCUGCCUCCCUGCUCCCGGCCUUGGCUUCAACUCGGCCAUGGCUCCCAAAGGCGGCUCCAAGCAGCAGUCCGAGGAGGACCUGCUCCUUCAGGAUUUCAGCCGCAACCUGUCGGCCAAAUCGUCGGCGCUGUUCUUCGGGAACGCGUUCAUCGUGUCUGCCAUCCCCAUCUGGUUGUACUGGAGAAUAUGGCAUAUGGAUCUCAUCCAGUCUGCGGUGCUCUACAGUGUGAUGACCUUAGUAAGCACUUACUUGGUAGCCUUCGCCUACAAGAAUGUAAAAUUUGUUCUGAAGCACAAAGUAGCACAGAAGAGGGAGGAUGCUGUUUCCAAAGAAGUGACUCGAAAACUUUCUGAAGCUGAUAAUAGGAAGAUGUCCCGGAAGGAGAAAGAUGAAAGAAUCCUGUGGAAGAAGAAUGAAGUUGCCGAUUAUGAAGCCACAACAUUCUCCAUCUUCUAUAACAACACUCUGUUCCUGGUUCUGGUUAUUGUUGCUUCCUUCUUUAUACUGAAGAACUUCAACCCCACAGUGAACUACAUUUUGUCCAUAAGUGCUUCAUCUGGACUCAUCGCCCUCUUGUCUACUGGCUCCAAAUAGACUGUGUAGCUUGGCCCUCUGCCUUUGUAUCUCGGGGUGGCCUGUGGUAUAUGGGAAAGCAUCAGGGUGGCCAGGUUGGGAGACACAUAAGAUAUUUUUAUAGUCUGGAGCUUGAGGGUUUAAAAAUUCAGUAGAAUGUAAUUCAGUGUUUGUUUAUUGGCUGUUUUUGACAGAUUGCUGAAAUUAAAUGAAUUGAAAGGGAAGCUCAGAGUACCAGGGCAUUUUAUUAAAAGGCAAGGAGUCUUGCAAUGUGCUGUAAUCACGAGGAGAAAAUAACUUGUUUCCUACAUCUGUCAGAGGUCAUGGUAACCUGGACUGAGCUGUUAUUAUUUAUAAUAGGAGGAAGAAGUUAAUAACUGGUUCUCUGUGUUCCAAGCACAAUAUUACAACUUUUCGAACUGUAAAUCUUAGAGUGAAUCCUCUUCCUAAGGAAUUGAACAGAAGCCUCAUUUUCUUUUUAACAAGGCUUCAAAUUUGUAAUUUAUAAUAACUCAAAGUUAAUUGUAAAUUACAGGGCCUCUCCAAUUUGAGGGAGGGUUGCAGAAUCUUUUUUUUUUUUUUUUUUUUUUAAAGAAAGGCAGCCAAGGUAGUUACCUAAAAAUAGUACUCAGGCCUAUGAGUGUUGGCCUGUGAGGCCAAAGCACACACUGUUCAGCUGUAUGGCUUUGGCCCUGGGUGGCCGGGGAGGUCAGCUUGACCCUGCCAUGUUGGUUUGAUGUGCGAAGUCACUGGGAUCAUUGUUUCUAUGACCAGGCUUUCGCACCACAGGCAGAAUAUUAAGUGAGAGAGUAUUUCUACCGUGAUUAUUGACACAUGAGAGACCAAAAGAAUUUUUGUGAACGUAACCCUGGAAUUCUUUGGACUCUCCAAAAAAUUUACAGUGGUUUAAAAUGGUUGUUAGCAUUUUUCCAUGAGGACUUUAAUAAACUUAGCCCCUUUUGCUCAAGGUUCCUUUCAAUUGUGAAGUACUGAUCACAUACAUUUGGGGGGGGGGAGUCUAGCUAAGAGUAGCCUCAUGUUGUGUGGUCAUAACCCCCCCACACGUCUCCCCCCCCCCCAUUAUGUACAGAUUCUGAUUUUGUAUGCUAUGACUUCACAGUUUGCAAAGUGCAGCACUAUGAUCACUGAUUUCAUAUUCCUAUUUGCUGUUCACACCCAAGAACUUUCUGUAAAGGGAAAUAUUACUAAUAUCUAGUUUCUGCUUGUAAACUUAAGAGGAACAUAUGACUCUAUUUCUAACUUUAAAGAUAUUUACAAGGAGUAGAGCUGUUUCUGUACUGGUAGAUGUUUCUGUAGUCUGUGCUACUUAGGGAACUCAGGAGGAGUGCACUUGUAUAGUCAUGUUACUCCUUACUGUCUGCCUGGAGAAUCAUUUUAUCUCCAAGUGUUCAGUUCUUUUCAGUGGUACAUUGUUAUCUGAGUGCCAUUUCCAGGUAAUGUGUAAUGAAUGGGGAAAUGAGAAGGGAUUCAAAGCAAAGUACAUUUCAGUAACACUUAUGAGGUAGGCUGUUUUGUUGUUUUAUUUUAAUCAGUAUUUGGCUGGAAAAUGAUAAUUUGAUAAACCAUCAUGUUACCAAAGCUAAACCAAACACCUUCUAAGUGAUUGCUGUGAACUUGCCACUAGGUGGCGGUGCCUGUGUAGCUGGGGAGAAAGUCACCACCUUUAUCUGACAGUAGUAUGGUCAGAAGCACAAGAAAUCGGGAAGUCAGCCUCAAAUUUUUAAUUUUAAUUUAGUAACCAAAAGUUUGUUGGGAGAGUGAUUAUGCAGUUUUCUUCUGUCUUGACUGUUUCCUGCGACUGUCUUUGUUUUUAACUCUGAAAAUGUUCUCUAACUCUGUGCUACCAAAUUUCUGUGUGUGAAGUCAUACAGCCAUGUCACUAGCUCCCUUUAAGGAAUCAGUGUAUCAGCCCUUUAUACUUAGAAGUGUGGACCCUCCUCUCUAGCCUCUUCUCCACCAUUGAACAUUGCACAUAGGAUUACGAAGUGUUCAGUAAGACAGUGAAAUCUGUGGCAGGCAGAGUUUGUACCAUAAAAGGACCCCAUACAUCAGACCAUUAAAUAGGACAUUCAGAGUGCUCGCAUGCUUCCCUUUCUCAUAUGUGUGAUAGGUAGACUCUUAGUGUUAAGAAUUUUUAUUUCAUGAUUUACUCAUUUAUAACUUAAUAGAAGUCGGAUUAAAUAUGCAACUUGUA